AUGCUCACCGAACAAUUCGUCGCCGCCAUAUCGGCAUCGACCAAGCCAAACACGGGCGUCACCAAAGAUGCGGGUAUAUUCGUCCACGAGUUCCAGCCGCUCGUCGCCCAAAGACAGGCCCUCAAGAAGAGCGCGGCUGCGCCUAAUGGCAUAGCUGUGAGCGCCUCACAUAUCUUCGCUGCACAGUCGGAGAAGGCGAUUGUCCAUGUCUACAGCAGAGAGAAGGGCAACCAGGAGGCCCUCGUGCCCUUCCCAGAGAGGAUACACAGCAUCGCACUCGCGGCGCAGGACAGCGUGCUCUUGCUGGGGACUGAGAGUGGGCGCAUACUAGCUUGGGAGGUCUGCUCAGGCCGUCUUGUCUCCACGUCCACGUCCCAUCUCCAGCCAGUCACGAGUAUUGUUGUCGACCCGUCGUCCAACUUCUUCCUGUCAGGCUCCUCGGAUGCCAUGAUUCACGUAUGGGCGCUUCCCACGAUACUGUCAUUCUCUCCCGACGCCUCGCGUUCGCCGAUGCAGACCCUCUCUACCCACCGCGGCCCCAUAUCGUCCAUCGUUUGCGGGCACAGCUCGAGCACUGCCAACAUCGCCGUGUCAAUAUCAGGGGACAAGUCUGCUAUAGUAUGGGACUACCACAAUGGCCAAGCUCUGCGCACAUAUCUGCUGCCUGAGAUACCGACUGCAGUCACUCUCGACCCUGCAGACCGGGCAUUCUAUGUGGCUUACACUGACGGCAGCUUACAAACCAUCGACUUCUACGAUGACGUCCAGAAGACUACCUCAAUAGACGUCCUUCGAGAUAGUACCUCGUCUCACCGGCCAAUUCAGCCGCCGCCAAAGAGCCGGUUCAAUGCAGAGUCGCAGAAGCUCGGCGGAGCCCUCUGUCUGAGCCUUAGCUGGGACGGCACAACAAUCAUCUCGGGCCACGCCAGCGGCAAGAUAGCACUCUGGGAUACUGCAAAGUCCAACUAUCUUUCUACCCCUGCCAAUCUUCCCGGUCCUGUCUCAAACCUUCGAUUCCUCCCGCCGACUGGCUUUCCCAACGCACCGGAACCGACUUUCAAGAUCCAGGCUAUUGUCAAGCCGAAACAAGAUGCAGGGCUGACGAGCAGCGUAAAUGGCCUGAUUCCGCCAAACUAUACCUUGAACCUGCAGCUGACGGGUCGGCUGCGCAGCCCCCACGUUUCUGCAACUGAGAAGAGAUCUGCGGGAAGAAGCGCCUUCGAGGAAGCUCUUACGCACUCCAGUUUCCCUGCCAGUAUGCUGGAGGAGAGCUUAGCCGAGCUAGAAUCGUGGGCUGCUCAGCCCAAGGGCGCUUCAGCCUCGACAGCCGACUUCAUGGCGCUGGACGAAGGUAGUGCGACUACAUCUGAUUCCUCAGCCAAAGCUCAGCAGGCCGAACUCAGGGAGUUGAAGAAGCAGCUUGCAAGUCUGCAACGCAUCCAAAAAGUUGCAUUCUCUCAACUUUCAGAAUUGCGCGAAGAGAACGACUACUUCAAGGGCCAAGAAAAGAAGAGGGCCGAACGCACCAAAACACGAGCGAAGAGGAGAAUGAGUACUAACGGCGCGACUCGCAAGCAGACCAACGGGGAUGUGGAGAUGAACGACGGCACAGACGCCACUUCCGGGUCUGAAUCGGAUGAUACCGAUGCAGCUGACGAGUCCUGA